UGGAUUACACCAUUGAUCAACACUAAAACUACAAGGCGAUCGGACACGGAAGCGACAAUUCGUAGUUGGAAAGUUUUCAUGGUUGCAGUGUUGUUAUUUUUCUGACUCAUAGCUAUCUAGCUUGUUCCUGUGAAAUUCGCUCAUUUGGGAUACCAAAGGGAGCGAUGGGCAGUGAGCCAGGUCCAGUCCAGAUUGUGACAGUGUGCAAGAAAGAUCACUCCUUUGCCUUGGAUACAGAGGCUUUAGGACGGGUUCUGCUUGCACCGGAGGUUCGGGAUAAACAUGUGGUGGUGCUCUCGGUGGCCGGGGCCUUCCGGAAAGGCAAGAGCUUCAUUCUGGACUUCAUGCUCCGCUACAUGUACAGGAAGAAGCAUGGUGAGGAGUGGCUGGGUCAGGAGGAUGAGCCCCUGACUGGGUUUAAAUGGAGGGGGGGCUCAGAGCCAGAGACCACCGGCAUCCAGCUGUGGAGUGAGGUCUUCCUGGUGGAGAAGAGUGAUGGGAUGGAGGUGGCAGUAUUACUGAUGGACACCCAGGGUGCAUUUGACAACCAAUCCACCGUGAAAGAUUGUGCCACAAUCUUUGCCCUCAGUACCAUGACCAGCUCAAUACAGAUCUACAACCUCUCACAGAACAUUCAGGAAGAUGAUCUGCAGCAGCUGCAGCUGUUCACAGAGUAUGGACGCCUCGCCAUGGAUGAAAUCUUCCUGAAGCCAUUUCAGUCUCUGAUGUUCCUAAUCAGGGAUUGGAGCUUUCCCUAUGAAUAUAAAUAUGGUCUGAAGGGAGGCAGUGAGUUCCUUGAUAAACGUCUACAGGUGAAAGAGACCCAGCAUGAGGAACUACAGACAGUGAGGGAACACAUUCAUUCCUGCUUCACCUCCAUCAACUGUUUCCUGUUACCACAUCCUGGGUUGAAGGUGGCCACCAGCCCCGCUUUCAAGGGCCAGCUUAGUGAUGUGGCUCCAGAGUUUAAAGAGGAGCUACGCAACCUCAUCCCCACACUGCUGCAUCCAGACAACCUGGCUGAGAAAGAGAUCAACGGCAACAAAGUCACCUGCAGGGGCCUCCUGGAGUUCUUCAAGGCAUACAUCAAGAUCUACCAGGGUGAAGACCUACCACACCCAAAGUCCAUGCUGCUGGCCACAGCAGAGGCCAACAACCUGGCAGCCGUGGCGGCAGCCAAAGACCAGUAUUACAAGAACAUGGAGAAGGUCUGCGGGGGAGAACUUCCCUAUGUGGCUCCUGCCUCUCUGGAGGAGAAGCAUCACUUCUUCCUCCAGGAGUCCCUCCAUGUCUUCUCCUCCACUAAGAAGAUGGGAGGACAGGAGUUCUGUGACCGCUACCAAGACCAGCUUGAGGCCGAGUUGGUAGAGCUGUGGCAGUCUUUCAGAAAGCACAAUGAGUCAAAGAAUGUCUUCACUGCAUUCCGGACGCCUGCAGUGCUGUUUGUCCUUGUGUGCUUCCUGUACGUGCUGUCAGGGCUAUUGCUCUUCAUCGGCCUGGCUACCAUUGCUUUUGCAUGUGACUGUGUCUUGGGCCUGGCCAUGGUCGCCAUGCUCACCUGGGCCUUCAUACGCUAUUCGGGAAAAUACCGGGGGCUGGGGGGAGCCAUCGACCAGACGGCAGGUGUCAUACUGCAGCAGGCCACUGUGGUGUUGAAUAAGUCAAGGCCAGCGGUGGCUAAGAUGAAGAAAUCCAGCUAGAUGGCCUCUUUAUCUCAUUGCAAUACAACACGCACACAUCCCAGCACUAAAGCCUUACCAUGCUAUCACAUGGAAACCGACAUAUAGCACUGACAAGGUGCAGUUACAACACCAACACAUGAUUACAAUGGCAGUGGGAGGUCAACAUAAUGCACAUACACCAGCAUCUUUUCAAUCGCACAAUUGUACACUACAUCACUCUAUCUACAUCAAGAUGAGACCAUAGUCUUACAGAGUAUCUGGGGCAAAGGUGCAUUAUCUCAUACCCAUGGGGUUGUUUAAUCCUCUGGACCUGUUUUUAACACUGACUGACACUGCCAUUCGCACACUCCUCCUUGUCUGUAAAGACAACCCAGUGAUGUUUACUUAGACACCCUAGACCCAAGUAAUGCAUUGUUAUUGGACAUGCCAUGGAUUUCAAUGCAUCAUAAUCUAUGUAUCCUUUGUGACCAAUGCUUAUUACUAAGAGGCUUGCAUGGAGGCUUUUAAGUCAAAUUAGACUUGAGCAAUUUAUCCUCCUGAUGGAAUUGACCUAUGCUGUGCUGUAAUGGGGUAUACAUGUAGCCAGAUCUUCUUGACUUUAUGCUGGUCUCUUUGUACCUCUCUGUGGCCUUGUGCACAUUCCAUCCCAUUCCCAGUUUUGCAGCAUGCUCCUUAUUUGCUUCCCCUUAUCCAUGUCAGGGAUUCCUUGUUGUUGUACUGUUUUUGCUUUUGUGUUUUAUUCCAGGCUUGGAAUCCUACUGUAAUAGCUCUCAUUUUAUGUUUUUACAAGCCCACUUUAGAGGCACCACUUCUCCCUUGUAACUUGACCAAAAAUAUCUUGCGUUACUUCUGAAAUGGAAUGGUUGGUUGAGAAACGUUAGUUAAGUGGCACUUACUUGAUGAAUGAAUGCUCCAAAGAUGUUAUAUGUAAGAUUUCGCUAUAUAGAGGAUCACUUGAAAUUAGAUUGUGAUCAUUUGAAAAUGUAAAAAAAAAUCUGGAUUAGGUUAACUGGUUUGUGUGUAAACAAGUGAUGGGUAGUAUGAGGCCCUUGUUCACCUGUCAGCCAAAGAAUUACCCAUAAGCAUAGGGGUACAAUGAAAGGCAAAAGACCUUGCUUGUCCUCAGAAUCCAGAUAAUUAUACAUAGUUCUAAAAGUUGUAUUGUCUCUGACUUUCUUUUUGCACAUUCCAUGUCUGUGUUCCAUUCCAUUGUUGAGGCAAACAAUUGGAGGUGUUUUCUGCAUUUACUAUUGCACUCUCCCUCCUCUAUGUACUGUUACUUUUAACUCAUUCAACAAAUAAAAAUAAACAUUACAGUAGAUGCAUGAAAUUCAUUGCUAUUGUUUUUAAAUCAUCUUUUGCAAUAUUGUUUUGUGGCCUUGGUAACUAUGUUUUUAUUUACAUUUUUUAGGAUAAGUAUUGCUUAAGCCAAAUAAAAUGCAAAAGACCUGUAA